AUGACGCCCAGCUCUGAUGAUGUCCAUCAUAUGAUGGACGAAAGCUCAGCCAGUCUUCACUCGAAACGAGGGCAGAGAUCGUGUGGACUGCGUCAACCUGAACGUCGUAUGAAAGCCAAACGGCUGCAUUACAACUCGAUUCAUCCGUCCUCUCCUGGUGAGAUCGAGCUACAAAUCUCUUCUUCAUGCACUUCCAUACAAAAUGAAAGUCCCCUCAACAAUGGCCUCAUCAUUUUGUUUAGAAAUGAUGUGUAA